CACUAAGUACACACAGAAAACAUUUCCGACUGAAUAGAUAUGCCUUUGUAUUCUGUCAUGGUGUGCUAUGGAUGAGUGUGUGUGAGUGCAGGGCUGCAAUGUAUGGUCAUGUUCAGUCCCCACUGUUUCCUGAGCCCUACUUAGCUGAUCUCUAUAUACGGUGGUACCUGAAAGUUCCUCAUGGAUACCAGAUCCAACUGACCUUCAACUACCUGGACAUUGAGCCUUCUGUCAACUGCACUAAAGACUCCCUCACAGUUUUGCAUGGUAGUGAAAUUUUGGGGAAGUUCUGUGGCCAGAAGUCCACAGAUAAACAUCACCCUGGCAACAAGCCCAUCAUGUCUCCAGACAACUGUCUCUGGCUGUUUUUUGAGACAGACAGCUCAAACCAAGGAUCUCAGAUGCACCUUGGCUUCUUUGUCUUCUAUCAGGCAGUUGUGAUGGACUGUGGGAUUGCUGAGAUUGCAGAUCCAGAUCUGAUAGCCCUAACAGAGGAGAGUCCACUUAUAACAUACAAUCAAAAUAUCAGCUUCAAGUGUCUAUCAAAGCACUACAAGCUGGAUGGAGAUGCUAACUUCUCUUUUGAUGCUAGUGGUAACUGGAUAUCUGAAAGAGGACAGAAUUAUUCCCAGAAUGCACCACACUGUGUCCCAGUGUGUGGUCGUCCUACUGUUGACCUCUCCAAGCGUGACAGGGUGUUGGGAGGGAAGACAGCUCCAGCAGGCUCAUUCCCCUGGCAGGUCUUCCUCUUGUCAGGAGGUCGAGGUGGAACGAGCAUCAUUGGGGACCGGUGGCUCAUGACUGCAGCCCACAAUCUGGAGCAAGAAAUUCGCUAAUGAACAUGUGAAGGUGUAUGUUGGAGACAACCAUAUCAGUGGACUUGUGAAGUCCCCAUCACUUGCUAAUGCAUCGUUACAUGUUCACCCAGGAUACAAGAACAACAACCUG